AAGAAAAACCUCACGCUGCGACAGUGGCAGUGGCACCUUAUCUACUAUCGCUCCUUCCAUUUCCGGGAUAAUGGCGGCCGACGACGCCAACCAGCCUCAGCCAGGGGAACAACAGCAACCACAGCAGGAAGAAGAGGAACAACAAAAGGGUGGAGAAGAAGAGAAUGAGGAUGCUGAGGAGGAUGAGCUUCCGUCGUCAUCAUCCUCUUCAUCGUCGGAAUCGGAGUCAGACUCCGAGUCCUCCGAUGAGGAUGGCACCGCUUACUACGAUGACACCGACGAUGAGGAGAAGGACGACAACAACCCGGAGUCGAAUAUCCAGCGUUUCACCAAGGUCCUCGACAGCUCGUACAUGAAGAAGCGGCUGGAGCAGCAGGAGCGCGACUACAACUACCACGAGGACCUCUUUGACUUCCCAAAGGACCCUGAGCAGUGGCGCGAGGAGGACCUCAGAGAACUCUGGGCAGAUGCCCCUCUCGGCAUGACAAAGCCCGGCUGGGACCCCUUCUGGGCUGACGAGGAGGACUGGGAGGUCGUCAGGGAGGAGAUCAAGGAAGGGCGUGAUCCUCCCAUCGCUCCAUUCUAUCUUCCCUACCGCAAGUACUACCCGGCCAUCCCCGACAAUCACCACGACAUCUCCAACCCCAAGUCGGUCAUCGAAGAGCUUGAUCGCAUCGAGGAGUUUCUCCGGUGGGUCAGCUACAUUUUCCCCGAUGGCAGCACGUAUGAAGGAACUAUCUGGGAUGAUUUGGCUCAUGGAAAAGGUGUUCUUGUUGCUGAACAGGGACUUGUCAGGUUAGUUCCUCUCUUUUCCUUGUUGCCCCGCUUUUUUGCCAUUCCUGAAGCACAGCCUAUACCAGGUUCAAAGCUGGAAGCUAAGAUGCGAGCUGAAGGAAGGAUAAUAACUAGGGAUUUCAUGAGCCCUGGAGAUAGGAAAUGGCUGGAGAAGGACAUUGAGGACACAGUACGCCUAGUUGGUCAUGUUACAGAAAUACCUUAUUAUGAAAGCGAUGAAUGGAUCAAGCAGUUUGGAAGUAAACCGGAAAAAGGUCGAUAUAGAUAUGCUGGACAGUGGAAGCAUGGGCGAAUGCAUGGUUGUGGUGUAUAUGAAGUCAAUGAGCGUAUUAUAUAUGGAAGAUUCUACUUCGGGAACCAUGUGCAAGAUUCCACCGGCUGUGAUGAAAAUGUGUCAGCGCUGCAUGCAGGAAUUGCUGAAGUAGCAGCUGCAAAGGCACGGAUGUUCGUUAACAAACCUGAUGGAAUGAUAAGGGAGGAGCGAGGUCCAUAUGGAGACCCGCAACAUCCUUACUUUUAUGACGAAGAGGAUGUGUGGAUGGCUCCUGGAUUUAUUAACCAAUUUUAUGAGGUUCCUGAUUACUGGAAAGUUUAUGUGCAAGAGGUUGAUCAAGAAAGAGAGAUGUGGUUGAACUCUUUCUAUAAAGCACCACUUCGGCUGCCUAUGCCUGCAGAGCUUGAGUAUUGGUGGUCCAGAGAUGAUACACCUGAAUUUGUGCUCAUCAACAAGGAGCCUGAGCCUGACCCAAAGGAUCCUUCAAAACUCAUAUACACUGAGGACCCUCUCAUUCUUCAUACUCGCACUGGGCGUCUGAUAAAUUAUGUUGAGGAUGAAGAGCAUGGGGUGCGUUUGUUCUGGCAACCCCGUGUAGAAGAUGGGGAGGAUAUGGAUCCUGAAAAGAUAGAAUUUUUGCCUCUUGGCUUUGAUGAGUUUUAUGGGCGAGCCACACCAGGUACGGAGAAGGAAGUCAAACCAUCAGGCGUUAUAGCUGCUAUUGACAAUGCAUUUAAGCCACUGCUCAAUAGAAUUCAGAAGUGGAUUGAGGAGAACAAGAAAACUAGUGAGGCGAAUCUAAAACUUUAUGAGAAAGAACUUGAAUUCAUUGAUGCUGAGUUGGACCUGGAGGAGGCAAUGGAAGAUAUGGAAAUCAUUCUCAAAGAAAAGCAGAAGGAAGAAGAAAAGCGAGCAGCAGUGGAGAAUGAUACUGAUGAAAUGCCUGCUUCAACUGGCCAGGAUGAAGCCCGACCAGAUGACGGGGAGGAUGGAGAUGAUGAUGAAGAUGAUGAAGGUGCACCAACGAGUUUUGGCACAGUUGGCGAAGGAGCUGAUGACGACAUUUUGGAUGGCUCUGAAGAAAAAAAAUCAGGAAGGUCUCCAUUUUCUUCUUUGUCCAUGUCAUUGGCUUCUUGGAGCCUGGCAUCAAUGGUACCUUACAAGAUACAAGAGUCAUUUCUUUCAUGGAAGAAUGGAAGACAACACCCAAGUGCUGAGUUCCCUCCCAAAAUGGACUGCAGAAGAUUCACAGAAUAUCAGCAGGGGCUGGAUUCUGUGGCCUUCCACACUCGUUUUUAA